GACGCAGGUUUUGGUCUCUUUCUAAGACGAGCGACGCGAGCUUUGGCCUACAUAUACACUCCCCAUCCCAGCACACCAGUUUCGUGUACCUUCUUCCCUCACUCCUCUCAUUUCUUCUCCGCUCGUUUUCAAUCUAUUCAUAUAAUCACCCCCAAAAACUCUCUCUCUCCCUCUUUCUCUCUCUGGAGAAGAAGAUGGAGAUGGCUGACCAGAAGACCGUGGCUAAAGAUGCCGUCUCCAACAACGGCGUCGAACGGAAGUCGAUCGAGGACUUCGAUCCUCCGGCGAAGCCGCGCCGGAACAAGUAUGCCCUCGCCUGCGCCAGCUUGGCCUCCAUGACCUCCGUUUUGCUCGGUUAUGAUAUAGGAGUGAUGAGUGGAGCGGUCUUAUACAUACAGAAGGACCUGAAGAUAACCGACGUGCAAGUGGAGGUCUUGACGGGGAUCCUCGCUGUGUACUCGCUUCUUGGGUCGGCGAUGGCAGGGCGAACCUCCGAUUGGAUCGGCCGCCGCUACACCAUCGUCUUGGCUGGGGCCAUCUUCUUCGCCGGGGCCCUCCUCAUGGGCUUCGCCCCCAACUACGCUUUCCUCAUGUUUGGCCGCUUCGUCGCUGGCAUCGGCGUCGGCUACGCCCUCAUGAUCGCCCCCGUCUACACCGCCGAGGUCUCCCCUGCCUCCUCCCGCGGCUUUCUCACCUCCUUCCCCGAGGUGUUCAUCAACGUCGGCAUCCUCCUUGGCUAUAUCUCUAACUAUGCCUUCUCCAAGCUUCGCCUCAACCUCGGGUGGCGUAUGAUGCUUGGCGUGGGAGCAAUCCCCUCGGUCCUCCUUGCGUUUGUGGUCCUCGUCAUGCCCGAGUCCCCCCGGUGGCUCAUCAUGCAGGGCCGCCUGGGCGACGCAAAGCGUGUCCUAGCCAGGACGUCCGACUCCAAGGAGGAGGCCGCGCUCCGGCUUGCCGACAUCAAGGAGGCUGCUGGCAUCCCUGAGGAGUGCAACGAAGAUGUUGUCAAGGUCACCAAGCGGAGCACUGGGGAAGGCGUGUGGCGCGAUCUCCUCCUCCACCCGACCCCGUCAGUCCGCCACGUCCUCAUAUGCGCUGUUGGCAUCCACUUCUUCCAACAAGCCUCUGGCAUCGACGCCGUCGUCCUCUACAGCCCUCGCAUCUUCAAGAAGGCCGGCAUCACCUCCUCUGACAAAUUGCUCGUCGCCACCAUUGCGGUCGGCUCUGUAAAGACAAUGUUCAUCCUCGUUGCCACCUUCCUCCUUGACCGAGUUGGGAGGCGGCCGUUGUUGUUGACCAGUGUUGGCGGGAUGAUCGUCUCGCUUGCCUCUCUUGGAAUGUGCCUCACCAUCAUCGACCACAGCCACACGAAACUCAUGUGGGCGGUUGUUAUGUGCAUCACGUCAGUGUUGUCCUAUGUGGCGUUCUUCUCUAUCGGAAUGGGGCCAGUCACGUGGGUGUACAGCUCAGAGAUCUUCCCGCUAAGAUUGCGUGCGCAGGGGUGUGCGAUCGGUGUCGGCAUGAACCGUGUGACGAGUGGAGUGUUAUCGAUGACGUUCAUAUCACUAUAUAAGGCGAUCACCAUCGGUGGGGCCUUUUUCUUGUUCAUGGGGAUCGCAUGCGUCGCGUGGGUGUUUUUCUACACGUUUAUGCCAGAGACGCAGGGGCAUACGCUGGAGGAGAUGGAGCAGUUUUUUGGUAAAUACACACAGUGGAGGUCCGUGGCCAGGGAGUUGGAGAUGCGAAAGAACAAAGCGGUGGUCAAUGGUGACGGAGUUAGUGGCGAGGGGCAGUUAGAGAAAUGAUUAUAAGGUGGGGAGUAUCUGAUAGAUAUGAAUGCCCUUGUUAGGGUUUUUAGAGUAAUUAUACGUAAUAUGAAUUGGUUGAUGAUUGCUGACCAUGGACAACGAGGAAAAGGGUUGCUUCUUGUUUGACAUUUUUAAGAAACAUAAACGAAUUACUACGAUGAAUUUUAAAAGAAGAAGCCAAGAGAAAUUCCUUGGGAAAUUUAAUUCCCGUUGGAAUAAGAAAUCUACCCUUUUUCCUUUGAUA